CUGCCAUCUUCUUCUUCUUCCUCCUCCUUGUCUGUGUCUUGGUGUUUGAAGGCUGGAUUGAUGCUUCGGUGUUUUCUGGUAGUUGCACUUUGAAAACAAUACCAGGAUUAAAAAAAUCACCACAAAAGCAAGAAUUCCCACUCAAAUGCACCAAAGGAAACCUAACACAAACAUGUCCAAGAGACUACCCCACCACCCACAAACCCACCAAUCCUGACCGUCCACUACUAAACACAACGUGCCCAUCAUACUUCCGUUGGAUCCACGAGGAUCUACGGCACUGGAAGGACACGGGAAUCACAAGGGACAUGGUGGAGCGGGCCCGCAGGACCGCCCAUUUCAGGCUUUUGAUCGUGGACGGGAAGGCCUACGUGGAGAAGUACAGGCCGUCGAUCCAGACCAGAGACAUGUUCACUUUGUGGGGCAUCUUGCAGCUCCUGAGGUGGUACCCUGGGAGAUUGCCCGAUUUGGAACUCAUGUUUGACUGUGAUGAUCGCCCCGUCAUCCGAUCUAAGGACUUUCGGGGCCCAAAUGCGGGCCCACCGCCUUUGUUUCGCUAUUGUUCGGACGGAUGGAGUUUGGAUAUUGUGUUCCCGGAUUGGUCUUUUUGGGGCUGGGCUGAGACCAAUAUAAAGCCAUGGAGAAGCAUGUUGGAGGACAUAAAAGAAGGCAACAAAAGAAGCAAGUGGAAGGACAGGGUACCCUAUGCUUACUGGAGAGGGAAUCCAUUUGUGGCUCCAACUAGGAAAGACCUUCUGAAAUGUAAUGCCUCAGACAAAGAUGACUGGAACACUCGCCUCUAUGUACAGGACUGGGGCAAAGAAUCCAAAAUAGGGUACAAACAAUCAAAUUUAGAAGACCAAUGCACUCACAGAUAUAAGAUAUACAUAGAAGGAUGGGCAUGGUCGGUAAGUGAGAAAUACAUUCUAGCAUGUGACUCCAUGGCCUUGCUGGUAAGGCCUCGUUACUAUGAUUUCUUCAUUAGAGGCAUGGUGCCAUUGCACCACUACUGGCCCAUUAGAGACAACACCAAAUGCACCUCUCUCAAGUUUGCUGUGGAAUGGGGCAACAAUCACACACAAAAGGCUGAGGCCAUAGGGGAGGCAGGAAGCAAGUUCCUGCAAGAGGGUCUAAAGAUGGAGUACAUAUACGACUACAUGUUUCAUUUGUUGAAUGAAUAUGGGAAGCUCUUUAGAUUCAAGCCAUCUAUUCCUCCAGGGGCUGUCGAGCUGUGUUCAGAAACAAUGGCAUGCCUGGCUAAUGGUACGUGGAAGAAAUUCAUGGAGGAUUCCAUGGUGAAGUCUCCUGCCGCUUCAGCCCCAUGCGCCAUGCCUCCUCCUUUUGACCCUUCCUCACUAAGAGCAUAUCUAGAGACAAAGGAUAUAUCUAUAAAGCAAGUGGAAAUGUGGGAAAACGAAUACUGGCAAAAUCGAAACAAGAAGCAAUAG